AUUUAAGUGAAGUUGUUUACAGUUGCCUGGUCACAAUUUUAUUAGCCUAGGGCCUAGGCUUUAGAUGAGUGUUUUUUAUGUUACAGGUUUACAAUUCUUUCCGAUAAUUCAAAGUUAUGACACAACUCGAAAUUGACCCGUUAGCUCUGGAAAUCACAAAUGAGUUGAAUGAAGAAAAGCGGUGCAAAACCGGAACAUGGGAGCAUGAAAAUUUAGCUCAGUUGCGUUACAAAGUCCUGCGUGGACAUCUGGAGGGUAUUAAUUCUGCCAAGUUUUGCAAAAAUGACUCUUGUCUCGUUACAGCAUCAGAUGAUAAAUCAUGUGCAUUGUGGAAUACUUCCACAGGUGACAAAUUGCAGAAAUAUGAAGGUGCAACUAUGCAAAUUAGCCAAUGCCACCUGUCUUCUGAUGACAGACUAUUAGCUGGUGCAUGCUGGGAUAAGAAUCUGUAUGUAUGGGAUUCGGAAACUGGCCAAAUAUUGUGGAAAGGCUUGCAUGCUGGCAUCGUAAUGUGUUGUGAUUUCUCACAUAGCAGCAACUUAAUAGCAUCUGCAUCCGAUUUAGAUUUUCAACUCCACAUUUGGGAUGUUCGAGAAAAGUCUUCUGUUAAAAAUGUUAAAGGUCAUCAUAAAAGUACUAUAACCAGCUGUAAGUUUUCACCGAAUGAUGACAGAGUAGCAACAACUUCCAUGGACAAGUCAACUAAAUUAUGGGAUAGAAUCAACGAGCAGACGACUGUAACAUUAGGGGACCACAGCAAUGUCAUUUCGUGCUGUUGCUUUACAAGCAAUGAAAGACGUCUCUGCACCGGGUCAUGGGACAAACAGCUUCAGGUGUGGGAUGUAUCAACAGGAAUAUUUCGCAGUAAGGGGCCAACCACAUUCAGCAAGGGGCACGAAGGUUCCAUUAGCUCAUGCUGCUUUAGCAAAGAUGGAACAAUACUAGUUUCUGGUGCUUAUGACCAGACUGUAGUUGUAUGGGAUGCUGAUAAUUGUGGGCCAAAGCUAACUUUAAAGGGUCAUACUGAUUGGGUAACUGAUGUAGAUUUUAGUCAAGACCAGAAUUGGAUCCUGUCGUGUUCUAAAGACAAGACAAUAAGACUUUGGAACAUUGCAAACAGUGAUAAAAUCCCUCUAGUGUUGGAAAACAAAAGAAAUAUGGGGUUGCAGAUAGUGAAGUGCCAGCAUUGUGGGAAGCCAUUCUCGAUAUCGCAGGUUGAAUCUAGUGGUCGAGUCGACAUGUGUGUGUUCUGCCGGAUGCAAGCAGGACGCAAAGAAAUCAUGAUAGAAAAUGAAUUGUGGUCAGCUCCUGACGACUGACAAUGAAACAAUAUGUCUUCAGUAGAGGAGGAGGCAGAGGGGCAGGGGGGUGGCACAAAGUUAUUAAGCUUCUAAAUACACUUAACAGAGGUAUAAUAAGUAAAUGACAAUGGCAACACAAAGUAAGAUAGAAUGCUUCAAAGAAUUGGUGGGUUGGUGUGAAUUGUUGUGUUUGUAGUUGCCAUUGUUAAUUGAAAUGGAAAAAAAAAAAAGAUUUCUUUUCCGACUCUUGUCAUGACCCCUUUUGUAUAAAUCCUUGUGUAUUUGAGAUCUAAGCUUGCAAUAUCCUUGUCAAUUACUUUGUUGUGAUUAGUUAAAAUAAAAUUAAUAAAAACAAUAUAUACAUAGCCAAUGUUAAAGUUUUAUUGUUCAUUUUAUAUAAUAUAAAUGUCUAAUAAUAAAAAAAUUUUUUUUUAUUGUAACAGCUAAGGAAGUAUUCAAUAUUUUGGAAGACAUGAUGUGAAUUCUGAAACAAAUGCUAGGAGGUUCCCGCCUUCCUACUCAAGACAAGUUUCCUCAAAGUCAAAUUAUUGGCAGAUUUUGAAUAAAAAAGUAUGCCGUUAAUGUGUGAAUAAAAUGAAACUAUUUAUUGCGAAAUAAGUGUUGUUAAAUAAGAGUAUACAGUAUUUUCGUUUGUGUAUCACCAAAUUUGUUCAAAAUAUUAAAUGUUAUCAAUGGCGUGAGUGCAUCUGUUUAUGAUAGGCCUAGCUGUCUUCAUUUUAUUCAUAAUAUUUUUUGUUCUUUCUAAUCUAAUAAAUCCAAUGAAUGGAUGCAAAAGACCCUUUAAGAUAUAUUUUCAUUAAAAAUUUUAUUCAAAACAUCACAA